UCCCGUCACCUCCCUCCGCAACAUCGCAGACGCAGGCUACCAACUUCCCUUUGCGGCGCCUACAUAUAAACACCCGGCUUCGCAUCCCCCAUUUCCUUCAUCCACUCCGCCAUUUGAUCCCUUCCUGUCAGUAUCCCUUGUCACACCCCACGACACCCUGCUUCCAAGCGCAACGCUGUUUCCAAGCCUGACUCUCCGACACCUGAUCAACCGUUCCCCACGAGUGCCGUCUCUUUACUGUCACCAACAACGUCAACGUCAACGUCAACGUCAACCAUCAUGCAUCGUACAUACUCCAUGCGCCAGACAAGGGCGCCCACCGCCUCUCAACUCCAGAAUCCUCCCCCGCCUCCCUCUACCACAAAGUCCGGUCGCCUGUUUCGUGGUGGCUUUGGCCAUGCCCUCCGCCACAAGUCUGCCGGUGCUUUCGGGCCAGACCUCGCCAAGAAGCUGUCACAGUUGGUGAAGAUGGAGAAGAAUGUUAUGCGCAGCCUUGAACAAGUGGCUAGAGAGCGUAUGGAAGUUGCUCAACAACUCUCAAUAUGGGGCGAGGCUUGUGAUGAAGACGUGUCCGAUGUCACCGACAAGCUCGGCGUUCUUCUUUACGAGAUUGGUGAGCUUGAAGACCAAUAUGUCGACCGAUACGACCAAUACCGUGUGACAAUCAAGAGCAUCCGCAACAUUGAGGCUUCGGUUCAACCGAGCCGAGACCGUAAACAAAAGAUCACCGACCAGAUUGCCCAGCUCAAGUACAAGGAGCCCAACUCCCCCAAGAUUGUCGUCCUCGAGCAGGAACUUGUUCGCGCCGAAGCCGAGUCGCUGGUCGCCGAGGCCCAACUAUCCAACAUUACGCGCGAAAAGAUCAAGGCCGCCUACACCUAUCAGUUCGACGCUUUAAGAGAACACUGUGAGAAGGUUGCUAUCAUCGCCGGGUACGGAAAGCAUCUGCUCGAGCUCAUUGAUGACACACCUGUCACCCCGGGCGAGACUCGUGCGGCUUACGACGGUUAUGAGGCUAGCAAGGCCAUCAUUCAGGAUUGUGAGGAUGCCCUAACCAGCUGGGUUACAUCUCAAGCUGCCGUUUCCUCCAAACUGUCCACUCGCGCGCGCACUCUGUCGACACGCCGUAGGAACAACAUCAGAGCGCGUGCCGAGGGAGGCCACGAUUUGUCCGGGCAGGAUGCUCCUUUGAAUGACGACUCGUCAUGGACGCCUGCACACAAUAAGGAGGCGGAGUACACAGAUGAGGAGGAAGAGGACGAUGAUAUCCACCAUUCCGUCACUGGGACCGAUGACGGCUUGAAUGGCGAAACCAGAGGACGUCAACACGAGAGCAUCGUGGCAUAAGAGCAUGAUGCAUUGACUUCAAGUUUAUGUCCCCACAUUCCCCGUUGGUCUCAGAUGACGUUGAGCGUAAAGGUCGUAAUGGCAGUAAUAAGUGAACUUUAACAGUAAGAUAGCGUUGGGAUCGGUGUUUGGGAAUUGGGGAUUGGGGGCUCGGUACUCC